AUGUCCUACUACGACUCUGGACGCUCCGCCCCUCACCUCAUCGACCACGCCCACCCACCACCAAUGUACCACCCCAAGCCCGUCCCGUUUGCCGCACGGCCGCCCUUCACGUCGAGCUACUCGUCCCCGGCGUGCACUUUACCCACACUGCGGAGCGUGCAGUCGACGUCCCCACCAGGCAUGAACAGCACGUCGCUGUCGUGCUCCCCCUCGUCCCCGCCGUCGCCGUCGCACUCGCACUCGUCCGCGUCGUCCAUGUCCUUUGCGCACCACCACCCGUCCCACCCAGCCCACCCGUCCCAUCCCUCUCAGCACGCGCACGCCCACCCUUUCGCGCACACCCACGCCCACGCCCACGCUCACCACAUGCGCCCGUCCGCAAGCGCAGGCGGCAAGCCGCGCUCGAGCUCGAAGAACGGCCUGGGCGGCGGGCCCGGCUCGGGGUCGGGGUCGGGAUCGAAGAAAAUGUCGUCGACAACAGGCAAGCACAAGUCUGUCCAGGUCUCGCUCGAAGUCAAAGUCGAGCGGAGUCGCGGGUUCCAUGCCUUCUUCGUCCCCUUGGCACGGAGCAUGCCCCCGGCCCCGCCGUCGUCGCCCGUGUUUGGCCAGAGCGCCAAUGUGCUGCAGGUGCAGCAGGAGGACGGACACGGUCAGCAGGACGCCGGCAAGCGCGGCGAGGAGCGCUGGGUCGAGGAUGUUGUCAUGGACGUCGACAACUGA